AUGAUGGUCGAUCCUUUUGAAGUGCGCAUGCGCUUCACAACUCAAUUACAACACCUGAGCGCAUCAGUUACAUCCUCACAAAAAGCCGCCCAUUAUGCCCUCAAAUACCGCGAUCUGGAUGAGGACCUUCAUUCUUGCAUUUUAGAACAAAUUGAAAGGAAUAAUAUGAACACCCGAGCGAAUAUAAUGUCCUUCAUCGAACACUUCUGCGAGAUGGCCACCAAGGAAGACCACCUUCCCUACGUGAGAAUGAUGCAGCGCGAUAUUCUUCGUGUGGUUGAUGCGGUCGUUCCUCCCGACGGAACUGGUGCCGCCAAUGUCAAGCAUGUGCGGCGAGUUCUCGGUAGUCUUCAAACGAAAGAAAUUCUUUCCGCCGAUACUGUCGCAGAGAUCGACGCCGCCCUCAAAGACCGUGACUCACACCACGAACAUCUAGAUGAACAAGAAGAUGGAAAUGACGAUAGCGCUCAAUCCAAGGCUGGAACGCCACACCCCAAAUCAUCCGUACGUCUCGACAAGCGCCAGAUCGAGCAGCGAAUUGAGGAAGAUCGUGAACGUAACAAACGUCUUCGAGAAAGUAUGUGGGCCGUCACUGGUGACGACAUUGAGGAGUGUCAGAGGUUCUACGAUGAAGUCAGUGACAUUGGCGAGGAUGAUUUUCUUAAUGCCAGGGAGGAGGCUGAAGAACGUCGUCUUUGCGGCGAGGCUUUGUUGAGACAAAAUGAGCGAGAGUACGCCCCGGCUUCCUGA